AUGAGCGCAAUUCAUCUGCCGGCAUACGCGGACGACACGAGCGCCGCUUCAUCCAGCUCCAUUAGCUCACAAGACUCCAUUCUUGUAGAAACCGCACGACGCCUAUCACUCCAAGAAGCCCUCGAUGAUCCAGAAACGGCGCUGCCACCAGCGUACACCUGUUCAGUCCAUUUCACAGGUACCGUCUACAGAAAGCUGGAAAAUACACUCGAUGCAGAGUCGGACAAGCUACAUGUCCCCUUCCGACGUUCCUGGCAAGCUGUUCAUCUUGUUUUGCGUGGAACGAUCUUGGAAGUGUAUAAGCCAAAACCAGGCAUGACGCUGGAAAUACCCAAAGCGACACAAGCAGGCGAUACACAACGUCAUGCGACGACCGUGCCCAAACGAGCCAACUCAUUGCCACUCGAAGCAAUCUCCUCUGAUGGUGAGGUACCAAUACCUAGACAUCGGUCUGGUAGUGCACCAGCUCUCUCGCAUACAUUGAAUGGUGAGGUCGAUCUUUCUACAUGGCAACGCGCACACGUCUACUCACUACGCGGUGCCGUCGCAGGUAUUGCGUCUGAUUACCGUAAACGACCCAACGUCCUCCGUGUACGUUGCGAUCGCGAUCAAUUCCUCAUUGCCGUCCCACAAGGUGCGCUGCAAUGCGUACAAUGGCUCGAUUGUAUUCAAAAAGCAUCAGGAAUUGCUGAACCCCUUGAAUCUCGCAGAGAACCUCUUCAUAUCUGGGCUCCGCGACGUAUGAAAAUGCGAACAACAGUCCAGCAAGCGUACGAACUAUUUGAAGCAACGGCAGAAGGUGCCUUGAAACAACGGACGUUCGCAGGACGAGUACGUGGUGCCGUCUCAUCUUCUCAGUCGGGAACAAGCGGUAGUAGUCGUUCGGGUACGGUAGCGAGUGAUUUCUGGAACAGAACAGCGGCUUCCUCACGACAGCUUGCGCGGCAACGCAGUGUGGCACGGCCUGGUGCACCGACGAGGGCAAUUUCGACUUUUUCUAUUGCUUCCACACGGUCGCAGAAGGGUGGACGUGGUUCGUCAAGUGGGAGUCAAACAGGUCCACCCAUGAUAUCGACCACUUCAGUGGUUAGGAGACCGGUCGUGACGCACAGGCCGAGUAGUAGUCGCGGGACGCACUCAACCAAACCCGAACGCUAUGUCUGCGCGGUCUUACAAUCUACCUUUCCGAGGCAGACCUUGCUACGUGUCUAG